UGCCACUAAAAAGAUGACUGACAUCAAAGGGUGUCCUGGCUGCAGUUCCUUCGUUGAAAGAAAGGACUCCUCUGACCUCUGCGUUCGGUGUCCGUUCUGCUCAGUGAAGACGGGGAGGACGUCUGAGUUCUGCUGGCAGUGCGGGAGAACCUGGAAAGGGCCCCGACCUCGCGCCGAUAAAUGCGAUAAUCUGGGCUGCUCCGACAGCGACUUAAACAUGCUGAGAGAUUGUAAAAUGAUUAGUUUGCCUCAUCAUAGCGACCAAGUGAUUCAGUGCCCAUCGAUCCGUGCCUGUCCGGACUGUGGCAUGCUGAUCGAACACACUCUGGAAGGAUGCAAGUAUGUCGCAUGCUUUAAUUGUAAAAUAUCGUUCUGCUUCAUCUGUCUGAGAUCUUCUGGCUGUGUUAAAUGUGCCGCUGCUGCACCGAGACAGACAUCAGUGCCUUAGAAUCGUAAAAAACGAUCAAAGUUAGUAUGGAAAUAGAGAAUGACUACUGUAAACUAAACUUAGAAAGGUUUUACAGUUUCUAUCUGUUUCUAUCUGAUUUUUUUUCUCCUCAAAAGAACGUUAUGCAUGCAGUUCACUUUUUUGGAACCCGGAAAUGAAAUAAAGACCUUGUGAUUUUUAACAGUUCUAGUGCUGUCAAACUAUUAAUCUUAUCCGAAAUAAAAGUUUCCGUUUGCGUACUACA